AUGUCGUCACAACAUCAUCACCACCACCACCACCAAAAACGCCCGCCGCCGCUCCGGCCGCUCCUCCUAGCCGGUGGCCGGUCGACGCGCAUGGGCUCGCCCAAGCACCUGCUCCCCAUGCCCGACGGCCGGCCGCUGUACCAGCACCUGGCCGAGGCGCUGCAGGCCGCGUGCCCCGAGUGCCCGGCCGUGCACGUGUCGCUGGCCUACGACUCGCCACUGGACGCGCGCCUGCGCUUUGCCCUCAUCUCGUCGCUCGUCGAAGACGACGACGGCGACGAUAGCACCAGCAGCAGCGAAGACGGCGAGGGCAACAACAGGGAUGGUGGUGGUGGUGGUGGUGGUGGUGGUCUGCUGCUGGCGCGCCUGGACGACUACGCGCGCGCGCCCAGCCCGUCGGGCGCCGGGCCCACGCUGCAGCAUUGUGGUGGCGGCAGUGGUGAUGAUGGCGGCGGCGGUGGCAGUGGAACGGCCCCGGCGGCCGUCGUCACCUGCUUCCGCGGCGCGGACGGCAGGCCCGAGCCGCUCGUCGGCAUCUGGACCCCCGAGGCCCUGGGGCGGCUGGCGGCGGCGGCGGCGAGCGCCGGGGCCGGCGGGAGCGGGAGUACCGGCGGCUGCUGCCCCGACGCGGUGCUCGAGGAGCUCGGCGAUGCGGUGGUCACUCUUGAGCCGCCCAGCGGUGGUGGCAUCUGCGACGUCAAGACGAAGGAGGACUGGGACUGCGCGCUUGAGAAGCUGAGGCUGAGGAGGGAGCCUCGACCAAGUCGGCGGUGCGCCGCCUGA